AAGGGUCCGGCCAGCAAGAUGGAGAGUGUGUUAUAUCGGCAGCCACCCCAGCAGACAGCCACGCUCCUGAACAUACAGCCUCAAGGGUCAAAGGAAGCCGAGGCAUGGGCGUACCCAGCAGGGGGCAGGGGCUUGCCUCGGAAGAGCGAUGAAGACAUCCAGGACCACUUAACCCGAAAAGCGGUUGUCCUUGAACACCUGCACAAGAGGAGGAGAAGGCAGAAGAAGAGGAAAGGCAAGGGGUUCUCUGCCAAGCAGAGGAGAGAGAUGAAGCUCUUUGACAUUAAGCCAGAGCACCAGAGGUACGAGAUAUUUGUGCCAUUACAUGAGCUGUGGGAGCAGUACAUCAGAGAACUCUGUAACGGGCUCAAGCUGGAAGCGCAGCCACACAUGAUUCAGGCCAAAUUGCUGAAAGCUGAUCUUCACGGAGCUCUCAUUACAGUGACUAAAGCGAAAUGUCCAUCCUAUGUCGGCAUAACGGGCAUUGUCCUGCAGGAAAUGAAACACAUUUUCAAAAUUAUCACAAAAGAAGACAAGGUGAAAGUCAUCCCAAAGCUCAACAACGUCUUCAGCCUGGAGAUCGAUGGCUUCAUCUCCUACAUCUAUGGGAGCAAGAUUCAGUUUCGAGCCAGCGAGCGUUCUGCAAAGAAGUUCAAAGGAAGAGGAACAAUUGACCUGUGAACCUUUUGUCUUUCUUUCUGGAAAUGGGAGCCGCUGAUGUGUUGUUUCCAAGGGAUGGAGAGACUAUUCCUAGCAGUUUGUGCAUCCUGAGACUUGAGUGCAUGUGAAGGAACAAC